AUUGAAAUGUAUAAGUGCCUUGUUCUUUGUGCUUUAUUAAUAGCAACUUAAGCUGGACAUGUAAGAAAGUCUCAUGGAGCAGUUCAUUAGAAGAGAGUGUUCAAUAGUGCGUUCAUGGAAUUUGUUAACCUUGGAGAUUCAGAUUAUCAUAUCAAUAAAAAGGAUGCUUGUACGAUGUCAUCACUUAAAUAGAACAUUGGGCAUAAAUUACCUCAGAUGAGAUUGAACAUUAAUCAAAAGGAAAGAAGAAACAUGCAUCUUUAGUCCAAACCAAUGAACAAUACGUCCCUGGAGUUGUAGGUGAAGUUAUUGAUUUAUCCAAUAAUGCUGGAGUAUAUUCUUACACUGUUACUGAUUUGAAUGGAAACAUCCUAGAAUAAGAUGCAGGUGAUCAUUUACCUAAGUAAUUCUAUAAUGCCUAUUUACAAAUGACCUAAGAAAUGGAAAAGGGUCCAGCCAUGAUCAAAUUAUAAACUGAUUUAGAUAAUAUUAUAAGAGAAGAUCAAUUAGAGUAAGAAAGUAAGCAGGAAUUAUAAGCUUAAGCUCUUGAAGGAACCACUCUUUCAGAACAAGAUCAAUGAUUAACAUAUCAACAUCAUAAUAUCUAAC